UAUAGAGAAUGUGAAGACAGGUAAAUUCUGCAGAUCAGCUCUGUUCACAUGGAGAUGAGCACCGAUUAACCUGUAAGUUAUCUGCACGGGGAAAAUGUAUGUGAAUGACGUGACUCAACAGACGUCUGGGCUUGUAAAUGUUCUGAGAAUAUAAGAGAUAGAGGAAGAGAUUUAUUGUGCUUUUGUGUUCCAGUUACAUCAACAGGUUAAUAUUUCUCCUGUCUUAAAUGCCUCUCUGAAAUGUCCAUUGCAAGUCAAUCUCAGGCCAACAUAACUGUUGGACUGGGGUUUCUGGAAAGAGUGAUGCUUUCCACUCUGACUACAGUGCCAUGCUUUAUAUUCUUCUCCAUUAAUGUGAUCAUGCUUUUCACCCUGAGGAGUAAACUUGUGUUUUGUGAGACCUCCCGUUACAUUCUUCUGUAUAACCUUCUUUUUGCAGACACUGUACAGAUGGCACUGAGCCAGUUACUGUAUAUACUGUCUAUUUGUAGAAUAAUGUUGACAUAUCCUGUGUGUGGUGUUCUUGUCAUGAUUGCUAAUCUCACAAAUGAAGUCUCUCCUCUCACACUAGUACUGAUGUCUCUGGAGAGAUAUGUAGCUGUGUGCUACCCACUGAGGCACGCUACCAUCAUCACCAUCAGAAACACAGCAGUAGCUAUCAUUGUGGUUUGGGCCUUUUGUUCACUAAAUGUCCUCACUCGAGUUCUUCUGCUGUUACAUUUCCCAUUUGAAGACCUGGAGAGCCUGCAGAUGAGAGAAUUUUGUGGCACACUUGUCAUGUUUCUUGUGCCAAUAUCUGAUGAUUACGACAAAGCCUACACAUGUUUUCUGUUUGUAUCAGCUACUGUGGCGAUCAUUUCCUCCUACAUUGGUGUGAUGGUAGCAGCCAGGUCAGCCUCCACUGACAAAGCUUCAGCUCAUAAGGCUCGUAACACACUGCUGCUGCAUCUGGUGCAGCUGGGUCUCAGUCUCCUCUCAACUAUGCACAACUCAUUUCUUGUAGCCAUCUCAAAAAUUGUUUCAAGGACAGUACUUGUGCGCAUUUUGAAUGUUUUUUAUGUGUUUAUUAUCAUGCUCCCCAGGUGUCUGAGUGCUCUGAUCUAUGGGCUCAGAGAUCAGACCAUCAGGCCCAUCCUUGUGUACCAUCUGUGCUGUCGACUGAAACUCUCAGUUGUCUCAGCAAAGGCUGAGGUCUCCUCCUGA